CACCCAGCCUGCUUCCAAAAGCAGGUUUGGUGAAAGUCAACGAAGAAGGAGACCACCGAGGAUAAACACUGCAUAGACGAGGAGAAUAAUUAUAUCUUUGGUCGUCGACAUUGACAGAAUUGCGCUGGACAGAAGAUUAGCAUCGUUGACGCCGGUGCAAAUUUCAACAUUGUAAAAAAUCGAGGGACAACUGUUAAAAUGUUACAGUCGUUAACCAGUAACUCGUGCGUUAGGUUGAUUCAGAGUCACAAAUCGACGUGGUAUUUUUUGUUUUUAGUUCUAGGAUACCUUCUGUAUCUAAUAUUUGGCGCUGUUGUAUUUUCCUCGGUGGAACUGCCGUAUGAGGACCUGCUAAGACAGGAGCUUCGAAAAAUAAAGAAACAAUUCCUCCAAGAUAACAAAUGUCUGUCGGAGGAACGCCUCGAAGAGUUUUUGGAGAAGGCACUGGAGGCUAGUAACUAUGGAGUUUCCAUCCUUCAAAAUGCUUCGACAAACUGGAACUGGGACUUCACCUCUGCGCUGUUCUUCGCCAGCACCGUACUGUCCACCACAGGUUACGGCCACACAGCUCCCUUGUCAGACGGAGGCAAGGCCUUCUGCAUCGUCUACUCCGUGAUCGGCAUCCCCUUCACCCUCCUCUUCCUCACCGCCGUGGUGCAGAGGAUCAUGGUCUUCAGCACGCGCCGGCCAGUCAUGUACGUGCACACGCGCUGGGGCGUGUCCAAGCCACUGGUGGCCGCGGUGCACGCCGCUCUCCUCGCCGUCCUGGCCGCCUCCUGCUUCUUCCUCAUCCCGGCGGCCAUUUUCUCUGCCCUGGAGGAGAACUGGAACUUCCUGGAGUCGUUCUACUUCUGCUUCAUUUCCCUCAGCACCAUCGGCCUGGGAGACUACGUUCCAGGAGAGGCCUUCAACCAGCGUUUCAGAGAGCUCUAUAAAGUGGGGAUCACUGUCUACCUCCUGCUGGGCCUCAUCGUGAUGCUGGUCGUCCUGGAGACGUUCUGCGAGCUGCAGCAGCUGAAGCAGCUGCGGAAGAUGUUCUACCUGAAGAAGGAGAAGCCCCAGGACCGCCUGGCCAUCCUGGAGCACGACCACCUCUCCUUCACCUCCGUCUCCCAGGGCUCCGCCCCGCGCUCCCACAAGCUCGACUUCAGCGCCCCCGUCCUCACCUCGCCCUGCGACGACCCCAUGAUCGGCUAGGACAGGGGAUGGACGGAUGGAGGGGUGGAGGAGGAGGCCUGACUGAAGGGGGAGGGAGGAUGAACCUGGUGGGAUGGGAG